GUAAUCGGUGGUUGUGGUCUAGUAAUGUAUCGGAAUUGUGGAAUGUUGUCUGAUAUUUGGUCUUCCUAGGUCCGAUAGGUCCGAUAAGUGUUAAGGAUUGGAUAAUAAUUCAGAUGUAUAGCUGCAUGUAACAUAUAUAUUGACUGAAUACAGUGUUGAAACAAUGUUGGAUCUCUUAAGCUUACCCGAUAUCGUUCUAGAGAAAAUACUGUCGUAUCUAACCUACGACGAGAUUGCUAGAUACAGAAUUAUAUGUAGACAGUUUGAUACUUUGUGUAAACAGCUGUUAAAUAAAGGUUUCAUCCUCGUGGAGAAACACCAUGGCCACUGUCUCAAGGCAGUGAAGUCACAGCUUCCUCGUAGAGAAUCAGAAAGGCGUACUCAUCCAUUAGCACGACACUGUGAUAUUCUAACAGCCAUAGAAACACGUCUCUCUAUUUUAGCCAUGACCUUCACUAAAUAUAUUGAUGCUGGUGUCUGUUGCUUCAUUCCAGGAAAGGUAAUUGAUGAAAUUUUUCGAGUUCUUCGUAGCCUCAAGGAUUCUGAAACACCUCCUAGAGCUCAUGAAGUCCUGCAAGAGUUGAGAGACAUUUCUUCUAUGGCCAUGGAACAUUUUGAUGAGAAAAUUGUACCAUUCCUGAAACACAGUCUAAGCUCCUCUGCUGCUCACUCAUCAUAUUCUAUGACAGGAUCUUGUUUGAUGGCUGGCACACCUACACCUCGAAUAUUGGGUCAGGAGAAGCUGCGUUUGGAAUUUAGCAAGAUUCACAGCAGAACAAAACGGAACAAAGCAUUUGUUGGAUGCCUCAAAAGGACUGUUGAUAAUCUCACUUUGAAAUUAAAACGAUAUGGUGCACAGCUGACUGUGCAAGCAGCAAAGAUUCGUCAGCAGGAAGCUAAGUUGGCAGAGCAAGCAACUAAACUGACAGACCAGGAUGCACAUAUUGGAGAGCUGAAGAGACACUUGGAGGAGUGGGACCAUAAGUUUGGUGACCUCACUGCUGAACUGAGCCGUGCUCGUGAGGAGAGUGGAACCAUUGCAGAGGCAGGGACGAGUCAUGAUGUAGAGGGCAGAGUUGCCAGGAAGAUUCUGCCAGUGGGAACCGCUGAGACUGAAGGCCGAGUGGGUCGAAGGAUGGUAAGGAAUGCAACAGUAGUAAGUGUCGAUGUUGCUGAUCCUGGACAAGGAAAAGACAAAGAUAGAAACUGCAAGAUAAAGAGGAAGGCAGAACCAGAAGCCUGCAAUAUCAAUGUAACAAAGAAGAUGAAGGUUCAGUCUUCAAAUAAAAUGUCUGAAUGAUUUUUUUUACAUAUUUUACAGCCAUUUAACAUAUUUUUGAGAGGCCCCGAGUUGAAUGACUGGUCUCAUGGCCUGUUACAAAUGACUUGCUAAUUUUUAAACUGCAAUGCAUAACUUAUGUAGGAAAGUAAUGGCUCUGGUCUACGAAACCAUUGUGUUGACCACGCGACACCCUCUAUCCACCAAAAAAAAAAAAAUGUUGGCGUUAACUUCGCCGACAAGUGGCAGUUGCU